AUGCAGCCGGCAGUCUAUCACUUCAAGUUCUGGGCCGACGGGAUCUACUACCAGCAUCCCGGCUGCCCGCUUCCCGAUAACUUCCCCGACGACUUUGUCGUUUCGUUCAACCUCCAGUUCGUGUGCAAGCGCAUUCGGCCGGAGCACGUGAAGAAGCUGAUGCACAAGUACGCCGUCAAGACGUGGGUGCGGCACGCCGCCAAGCGCGGCUUCGGCCCCAAACGGUCCUCCGAUCGCUCUGGCGGCCGCCACGGCCUCAAAGCCCUCACACAAAGCCUCAAGAAAGUGCCUGUCGCAGAGUUCGAAAGGCAACAGCCGCACCAGAAGAAGCGCAUCAUUUCGCUGCGACGCAAGAAGUCGAAGAAGAAGGACGAGCGGGCUGUGGCGGCGACGGCGGCGGCCUCAGGCGCGUCUCCCAAGCCGCGGUCCGGCUCGCGCGUGCAGCCUCGCCGCGAGGGUCCCUCGCUGUGCGAGGAGGAGGACAUCGACACCGCCUCCAGCAUCACCGACGACGAGGGCGACGAUGACGAGAACCUCCCACGCGACGACCUGCUGUCGUCCGAAGGCGUGAACGACGCCGAGGCCUCGCCGCCGCCGCAGCAGCAGCCGCUCGAGGACUUGACCAACGACGACAGCCCAGGCGACAAUCUCAACCAAGCGGCGAAGCGCCGAACAUUGUUCGCGGCCACGAUCGAGGAAGACGACAGCGACAACGGCGCGGAGGAGAAGUUCUACUCAGACUCGUCGUACUACUCGUCGUCGGAGGACAGCGACGCCACCGACUCUGGCUCUGACUCCGCCGGCUCCGACAAUGAAGACGCUGAUGAAAAGAGCGAAGCCGAAAAGAACGAAGACGAAGCCGAUGUCACUGUGAGCGAGUGCGAUGACAAGGACGACGAGGGCGAGGCGGCCAGCGAAGCGGAGACAACCGAAUACGAAGACGACGGCGACGAGGGAGAGGAGGGCGAGCGACCAAACGCCGGCGGCAAGGCGGACUCGGAGAACAAGAACAAAGAGAAGCGGCGGCGGCGCGGGGAGAAGGCGCUGUCGGCCUCGGAGCGGCGGGAGAAGCGGCGGACCAGGCGACGAGACGAGCUCGAGCAGCGGGAGGAGGAGAAGGAGGGCAAGCGACAGAGGAUGAAGCGUGGGCCCCUGGUCAGGCUUCACCCCAAGACCGUGCUCCCCGUCACCUUCUUUUGGCCUGGUCCCGCUCAUUCCGUGAAGCUGAUCUACAAGUCCUACUUCCACGCCAAGUGGAAAUCCAAGGCCAUGCAGCCCUGCUCGCCAUCCUCUUCCCGGUGGAGUGUGCGGAUAACGCUCCUGCCGGGCAUCUACCAGACGUGCUACCUGAUCGACGGCGAGCACUACUACGCCUCGCUCACCCGGCGCGUGGUCGACCCUCAGCACGUCCUCAGCGACUGCAACCUCUACCGAAUCGACGUCGAUACCAAGCCCUGGCUGGAAGCGACCAAGAAGAGGGGCCACCUGAUCAAGCAGGGCGGGCGAAUCAAGACCUGGAAGCACCGCUACACCACACUGCAGCACCACGAGAUCCACUACUUCCGCGACGACAAGGAGGAAGAGCCGAUCAACGUGAUCCCGCUGAGCAGCGUGGAGGGCGAAAUCGAGGCCAGCGAAUUGGCGGGCAAGAAGCGGGCGUGCUUCCACCUGCACACGCCCGGCCGUACCUACGUCUUCUCCUCCGCGAGCCAAGAGGAGAUCGAGGACUGGGUGCGGUGCAUCAACAGGUCGGCGUUCAUGCACAAGAACUGGGAGCGGGUACUCGCGCACUACCGACCGCCUCCGGCCACCUACCACAACACUGUAUAG